CUGGGAGCCAUAUGGGAAGGGGUCUGGAACGCAGCCUCCCCGCGGGGCCUGGAAGACAAGAAGAAGGGAUGGGCCGCUCAGGGAUCGCCGUGCUGGCUGCCCUCCUGUCCUCCCUGCCCUGCUGGCUGGGAGCCCCGUGCCCCCCCGCGCCCACCCCCAGCAACAUCACACACUUCGUCUGCACCUUCCUGGCCCUCAGCAGCUUCCCCAGCGGCUUCCCCAAGGAGACCCAGCUCAUCUCCGUGGAGUUCACCAACCUCUCCCGCAUCGGCCCGGAGGCCCUGCAGGACUUGCAGGCGCUGCCCCAGCUCCGAGAGCUGCACCUCUCCAGCAACCAGCUGAGGAGCCUCCCCGCAGGCCUCUUCCAGGAGCUGCCUGCGCUGCGGGUCUUGGAUCUCACCAACAACCUCCUGGAAACGCUGCCCCCGGCGAUCGCCAGCUCCCGUAGCCCGCUGCAGCACCUGGUCCUGAACGGGAACAGGCUGGGGGCCCUGAACGCCAGCUGGUUCCAGACCAUGGGGGGGCUGGAGUGGUUAGAUGUGUCCAAUAACCAGCUGUGGGCCCUGCCUCCCAACUGCUUCGGCAACCUGAGCAGCCUGCAAAGCCUGGACCUCUCCCACAACCUGCUGGACCGGCUGACUCCGGACAUGCUGUUAAACCUGGAAGGCAACCGGCUCCACACGGUGGCGGAACACACCUUCGACCUGCUGCCGCGCCUCCGCUACCUCUUCCUCCAGAGCAACAACCUGAGCGCCCUGCCGACCCGGCUGUUCGGAGCGCUGGGCCAGCUGGCCUUGCUCGACCUCUCCAACAACAGCCUGGCCCACCUGGCCCCCUGCUUCUCGGAGCAGAGCCUGGCGCUGGAGCUGGAUCUCUCCGGGAACCCAUGGGUGUGCGACUGCGCCAUGCUCUCCUUCAUGCAGUGGGCGACGGGCCGCUCGCUCGGCUUCUACGGCCUCCAGCGCACCCUCUGCGCCACCCCCGAGAGCCUCCGGGGCCAGGCGGUAGCAGCGGCCACCAAGGAGGGUCUUGUUGCUUCCUGCUUAGCUGCACCGGCAGAGCGCCUGGGCCUCUGUAGCCCCACUCCGGGCCAUGCUCCCUAGGCCUCCUGCGGCCGUGCCCAUCACCCUACCCACAGGACUGGCCUUCCCCUUGCCCACUUGCCAGCUCACCCUGGGUCACGGAUCAAAUGUCUGCCUGAGACCAGCUGCAGCAGGAGAGAGAAGAACCCAUCACCCCCCGACUCCCACCCCUCUAUGCCAUCCUGGCUGACACCUUCAGACACCCCUCCAGUGCCUCAGGGACAGGCCCCAGGGAUCUCCCCCCUGCUCUACUCCUGAGGGGUGGUCCCCACUAAACACCCAACAGAACCCCCACCCCAGCAAAAAGUGCAGACACAGGCUAUAGCUGCCACCUGGAAUCUAUCCUUCUUCAGGCCCCAGCUUCUGAGCCUGGCACCCAACUCCCACCGCCAGCUGUGCACCGAGUGGCCUUGGAAGCCCCGAGGUGCCUGUGUCGUGGGAGUUGGGUGGCUCUGGGAGGCGGGUUUUAUGGGAAACCUCAGGGACUGGAGUUCGCUCUGGAAGGGGUUGGCUUGGAUUAGGAUCCCUGGACUUGAGCAAGGUCCCUGCCUGCUCCCAAAGAGAGCACCCAGCAAGAUAGAACCACAGAACACUAGAACUGGAAGGGACCUCGAGAGGUCAUCGAGUCCAGCCCCCUGCUCUCACGGCAGGACCAAGCACCGUCUAGAUCACCCCUGACAGGCGUCUGUCCAAGCUGCUCUUAAAUAUCUCCAGAGAUGGAGAUUCCACAACCUCCCUGGGCAAUUUAUUCCAGUGUUUAACCACCCUGACAGGGAGGACGUUUUUCCUAAUGUCCAACCUAAACCUCCCUUGCUGCUAUUUAAGCUCACUGCUUGAUGUCCUAAGACAGUGGUGCUCAACCUUUUUUCAUUCGCAACCCCCGGAGCUGGGAAAAAUUUUGUUGAGCAAAAAAAAAAAAAAGCCGGGAACAUUUUAAUUUAAAGUGCCGGGAACAUUUAAUUUAAAGUGCCGGUCCACUCUCCUGCCACCCCCGCUGCUUGUACAUCGGACGCCGAGCCGGGAAAACAGAAAUAGUGGCCGGCCCAGAUCAAAGCACUAUGACCCCCCCGAAAAACAGCCGCGACCCACAGGUUGCUCUGUCCUAAAAUACGCAGGGCUCCCUUCUGAGCUGGCUAUGGCCAGGACUUCCCCUCCCUGCUGCUCCCCAUCAAGAAGAGGUCCUCUACGUGGAGUGGAAUCUAAUAGGACCGAGUCAAUCUGGCUACCCAGGGGAGUCGGCCCAGUUCAGCCACAUGCCUUCGAAGCGUCUCCUUGGACCAGCAAAGCCCAGCAGUUGCAAGCUGGCUAGAUGCUCCCCAGGCAAGGUCCCAGAACAGAAGCCCCCCCCGCCUCCCCCGCCCAUCCCAGGCCUCUGUUAGCCCCUGAAAGAUCCUAGGACCAGGCGUCCCAUCCAGGUCCCAACGGUCCGGGAGGUUGGGUGUUGGAAGGAAAACACGGCUCUAGAAAGAGGGGGACACAAACGAAGACUAACUCCUGCGCUCUGGUCAAUGUCACCUCCGUCUCUGUGCCUGUCCUGGCCCUCGUGCUUGGUCGAUUGCAGCCAUUGUGUUUUUUUAAUUGGAAACAAACCAUCGACUGUUGCACGUUAACGUCUCGCCGGCAAAUUUAUGGCGGAACUAGGGUCCUCAGGAAGGUUUAAAUUAAACUGAAUUGUUUAAAGCUGC